UUCGUCAGUGCCAGUGCAAGUGAAGCCAAUAAGCGACGCAGCCAGCCACUGGAUAACCCAACACCUCGGCGCCGACGCCAGCCAGCAGCGCAGCCAGCGGUGCCGCCGUCUUGGAGGCCCCCGCGAUGGCCCUGUCGCUGUACCAGGACGCGUCGCCCACUACCGGAUCCAUGAAGCCCGAGAGCCCCCUGCAGUUCAGCCUGGGCCUGGGGUCGCCGCCUGGCGCUGCGCUCAGCAGCCUGGCCUCCCUGCCCGGCGGCCUGUCCAGCAGCCUGUCCACCAGCCUGUCCACCAGCCUCACCAACAGCCUCACCAACAGCCUGACCAACAGCCUGGCGCAGGGCCUGCACCCCCUACUGGCCGCCCAGUCCUCGCUCAUGUCGCUGGGGCUGCCCGGACUUCCCCAGGGACUCCCCCAGGGCCUGCCGCAGGGCCUCCCACAGGGACUGCCGCCCGGCCUGCUGGCCGCGGGGCUGUUCCCGCCGCUGUUUGGUUGGCCCGCGUCCCCGCAGUCGCCGCCUCCCAGCAACAACAACAACAACACGAUGAAGGCGGCCAGCCGGAAGCGGCCCCUCAACAACAACAACAGCAGCACCAACAACAACAACGAGGUGUCGAGCACGAGUUCCAUCAAGAGGGCGGCCGCGGCGCGUCGGAGGCCGCAGCCCAGGGCGUCGCCCGUGUCCCCCGACGCCGUGUCCGUGCCGCCACCACCGCCGCCGCCGUUGUCGCCGCCCACGUCGGGGUCCUCGCCGCCCAGCAGCGGCGGCAGCGCGGCCGGCGACGUCAAGGCUGACCAGGUCCUGGGCCGCGACAAGGUGUUCACCUGCCUGGUGUGCAACCGCUCCUUCGGCUACAAGCACGUCCUGCAGAACCACGAGCGCACGCACACGGGCGAGAAGCCGUUUGAGUGCGCGCAGUGCCACAAGCGCUUCACCCGGGACCACCACCUCAAGACGCACAUGCGGCUGCACACGGGCGAAAAGCCCUACCACUGCUCGCACUGCGACCGCCAGUUCGUCCAGGUGGCCAACCUGCGGCGGCACCUCCGCGUGCACACGGGCGAAAAGCCGUACGCGUGCGAGAUGUGCAGCUCGCGCUUCUCCGACUCGAACCAGCUCAAGGCCCACGUGCUGAUCCACAAGGGCGAGAAGCCGUUUUCCUGCGACCAGUGCGGCGGCCGGUUCCGCCGCCGCCACCACCUGGAGCACCACAAGUGCCUCGGCAACGCGGCCGGUGACCUGGCGUCCUCGCUGCCCGGCACGCCGCCGCCGCCGCUGCCCGCCGUGGCCGCGGUGGCCCCCGCCAACCUCCGCAGCCACUUCCUGGAGGACGACGAGGACCCCAUCUUCGGCGCGCACCUGACGCCGCCCAGCAGCGCGCGGAAGGGCCCCCGCCAGCACCGGGCCGCGGGCAGGCAGGCCGCCGGGCGCGCGGGGCCCCUGCGGCUGCCCGUCCCGCGAGGCUCGCCCGUCGACCUCCCCGAGCAGACUGAGCCCGAGGACCUGUCCGUGCGGAGGGACAUCCCCCUGAUGCACAUGCAGAGCAUGCACACCAUGCACGGCCUGCACAGCCACCGCGAGACCAGCCGGAGCCCUGCCACCACCAGCCUCGCCGCCAGCAGCCCGCCGCCCUGGUCCGUGGACUCGGCGGGCCACGACGCCGUGGACUUCGACGACGAGGAGGAGGAGGAGGACGACGACCUGGUGGACGCCUCCUUCUUGAACCAGCAGCACCUCAAGCGACAUUCCAGUCCCCAUAGCAUGAGCUAGUUUGCCUGUGAGAUUCCCCUUAUUUUUCCCCUUCCCCUUCCCCUAUGUUUGACAAGUAGAAACUACUCUAAGAUCGAUUUUUUUUGGCAUCUGUCGCCAUGCUCCUCUACCUUUUUUAGUUUUAUUAUUUUGGUCUUGUUGACCGCUCACGACUACGGGUAAAUGCCUUCUGGCAUCAGUCACUUAGUUUUUAAGUUUAUGUGUAAUGCCUUUGUUGUUGUAAGAAUAGGUAUUAUCUGUUUCCAAGUUAGAUUUACUACAAUGAGGUGCACUCAUUAUUGUUUUCAUUGGUUAAUUUUUAUUAUUAUGAUGAUUAUUAUUAUUGCUAUAUGAUUACCCUCAUUAUGUUCUGGUUCAUGUUCCUGUACUGUUUCUCGUGCCAUAUCGGUGUGAUGGUUCAGUUCGUCCUGCGGGGAAUUAGGACCGAUUUAUUAUUAUUAUUACCAUUUUCGUCGCCCGUUUAUUGUUUGUCGUGUUUUAUUGUGAAUUGUCAUGAAAUUUUACUCUUCUCUUUGUGCUCUUUGUGUCUUGUUUGUUGAACAGUGAUAUUAGUGGUAGUAGUCUAAUGAUAUGUGAAUUUUUUUUCGGUGAUCUUACACUGAUUGGACAUUUGCGAGGCUUCGGUGAUGUGGCGUGGCGUGGUGUAGUAGGGUCCACUGCUGGUAAGACUGACUAGCGUUCCAAGCAGGGUCUCAGUAUAGAAUGGGGUAAUGUGGAGAAUUCAAUGCCAAAAUAUAUGAUUUCAUCUCCUCGUGUCAAGACUUCACCUGCGGGAAACAAAUCUGAGGAUACAUACUAUAGUGUUGCAAUUUAUAUCACAAAGAAAUGGUAAAUAAAAAUAUAUGUUCAGCAAAA